AUGAUGCCAGCGACACUGUCUCCCGGGCCCCAUUUUCUCCCUUUCGUCGAAAGCCCAACACUGUUUCAGCAAGACUAUUUCAUUCCCCAAUCCGAAUCUACCACCAACGUAUUCCAGCCUCGCUCUGUUGCUCCACUGAGCGAUGCUGAGUGGGACGCGUUCCUUGGCAAUAUCGGCCUACAAUCAUCAUCGGCAGCAGAAGAUAACGUACCUAUGCCUACUGCAACGGAAACAUUCACCGCGGGUUACUCUAACGCCAAUUUUAACCAACCCCAAUACGCUCCGCUUGACUUCUAUCAACCACACCCACAGCCUGUCGACUAUCGUCUACCCAGCUACCCCAGUCCAAGCCCCCCUGUCAUGGGUGAUCCCGACUCUCCGACGCACGGCCAGAAGCGCAAGGCUCUUAAGGACUCGGUGGACGAUGGGCAAGAGGCGCCGAGCACUGAAGAGAUGCCGACGGGGAAGCGAGUGCGGCCAGACCGGACACGGAAUGCUCCGGCCCGCGCGGAUGCUGACUGGGCUUCUCCAAAGCCCAAGGGAGACACGACUCCUCCUCCUCGAGGUCCGUCAAAGCGGGGCCUAAUCUUCGCGAUCGACGCCUCCAAACUACUAAUAACGCUGGUGCCUGUCGCCCGAGCCCUUGCCGCGAUGCGUGUCUCCCUCGUCCUCCUCGCUCUGUCUUGCUCCGAGCGCAGCGCUGCUGCCCGCGCGUUCGCCCCGCGCGCCUCUCCUGGCCCGGCCGACCCAGUCCCGGCAUACACCCCGCGCUUCCACUGCCCAGCCCAGGUCGAGUUCCACCUCUGGGCAAACAUCGUCCCAGACGACAGAACCGCUGGCACGCUGUACUGCACGCACCCCGACGGCACGCCGCAGCCGGCGGUGCGCUCAUCGCAGAAGACUCCACCGCCUCCUGCGCCCGGGACUACCCGGCGGCGCGCCCCGGCCCGCCUCCCGGGGAGCACGGGCCUGACGGCAGCUGCUCGUACGCGUGCCCAGCGCGCGACGCGUUCGGCGCGCCGAUCAACGAGAUGCGCAUCGAGCCCGGCGAAAAACAAACCUACUUUGCUGAGCGCGCUUGGCCGUCACCUUCGUUGGGCGUUGGGUUCGGGGAGCCUGCGUCGACAUCGUGGGGUAAGGGAAAAAAAGAGGAAGGCUGUGACCGUACCAUGUGAAUCAUCCAGUCGCCAUGGAUGCGAUGACGAUCUUCAUAUGGAUGUGGCCAAGACUUCGGUGUAUCGUCCCGUUGUCCAUUCCUUCCCCCCAGCGAUGCCCAGGUGUGGUUUCUGCAAGGCACAAAUUGCAACGAAGCCCGGCCUGGCUUUGCACCAGACGCAAAACAAGCGAUGUCUGUCGAUUCAAGAACGACAUUUUCAGCAGGACAAAAACCAUGGUUUUGACGACUUACCUGGGCUGGAUCCCAAUAUCGAGGAACCGAUGGAUGUCGACUCCAUCCCGGAGCAGGAGUCCCUUUCCGACAGGGAGGAGCCUCCACUACGCCGUCCUCGAAUGGAAGACGUGCCAGAUGACACUACAAAUGAUCCAAUAUCGAGUUACGACCCACGAUAUCUUCACCGCCAACAGUACCCAUCCGAGCACAAGGCAGGCAGAGGUCAAUGGUACGAGGGGACACCGUUUGAAGAAUGGUAUGAGGGGAAGCUGAGUUCUGGUGAGCAGGCCUGCUCACCAUUUCCAUCUCUUGAAGAUUGGGACAUUGGUCGUUGGCUGAUUCGGUCCGGCCUAUCGCAAGGCAGUAUUGACGAGUUUCUGCACUUGAAAAAAGCAAGUCCGCGACAAGCUUGCCCUGCCUUUUGGGACGAGUCGAGCAUUCUUGAAACAUUCAAGGGAGACGAGUUGGAUGGCGAUGGAAGAGCGAAGGUUGAGGUGUUAGAGCUUUGGCAUCGGGACCCGCUAGAAUGUAUCGCAGAAUUGCUGGGGAACCCAAAUUUCAAAAAGGAGCAGACAUUCAAGCCCAUGCGUCUAUUUCGGACGCGGGACCAGUCGACGGGAGAGUUGGGCAAUCGGGAGUAUGACGAAAUGUGGACGGGAACUUGGUGGUGGGAUACACAGGAUCUUCUCGAUGAUGGCGCAACUAUUGUGCCCGUAAUCCUCUCUUCAGACAAGACCCAGCUUUCGUCCUUCGCGGGCGACAAGCAAGCAUGGCCGGUGUACAUUUCGAUUGGGAACAUCAGCAAAUCUAUUCGUCGUCAGCCUAAUUCGCGAGCGACAGUGCUUCUGGGGUACAUACCAGUGCCAAAACUCGAUUGCUACUCCAAAGGCGCUCGCAAGAUGGCCGCAUAUCAGGUCUUCCAUGAUUGCAUGUGCAAGAUGCUUGAUAAGCUGGUGGAGGCGGGUCGAGAUGGCGUCGAUAUUGUCUGUGCAGAUGGCUGGGCUCGUUGGUGUUUCCCGCUCCCUGCCGCAUACAUCGCAGACUACCCGGAGCAGUGUCUGGUUGUCUGCUGCCAGGAGAACUCGUGCCCACGCUGCUCCUGCCCUCCAAAGGAGCGUGGAUCAACAACGAACUUCCCCAUGCGAAGUCAGGUCGAGACCUUGAAGGUUCUGGAGGAACAGGCGACAGGUCUGAAGCCCAAGGAGUUCAGCGACUUGAAUUUACGACCAAUCGAUCCGUUUUGGGCUGACUUACCCCACUGCGACAUUCACUCAUGCAUAACCCCGGACCUUCUCCACCAGCUUCACAAGGGUGUGUUUGCGGACCAUGUCUCAAGUUGGGCAGCAGAGUCGAUGGAGGUGACGGAGGAAGAGAGGAAGAAGAAGCUGGACGCGCGUUUCAAGGCGAUGCCGCGGCAUCCCACGCUCCGUCACUUUGCUAACGGCACCUCCGUGAUCAAGCAGUGGACGGGAUCCGAGUAUCGAGGGUUGGCAAAGACGUUUCUGGGUGCUGUCCAUGAGGCGGUCGACGAUAGAGUGACUUCCGUCACGCGGCACCUUCUUGAUUUCAUGGGAUAUGCACAUUUCCAGGUCCACACGGAUGAAUCGCUUGUCGCUAUGCAAGCGGCAUGGGAGAAGAUGCACCACAAUCUCCCAGUCUUUCGCGAGCUCGGACCGGAGCGCAACGACUUCAACAUCCCGAAAUUGCACAACAUUCGUCAUUAUGUGGACUCUAUUCGCUUGCUUGGAAUGGCAGACGGCUACAACACGGAAAAUACCGAGCGCCUCCAUAUCGAUCUUGCAAAGAAUGGCUACCGCGCAUCAAAUCGAUGGGAUUACAUCCAGCAAAUGACGCGCUGGCUCACGCGACAAGAGGCGGCGCACCGUUUCUCGCUGUAUCUACAGUGGGCUUGUCCUGGCUAUACUCCGGGACAUGGCUACGGACCGCCGACAGAUGAAGACAGUCCGGAAACUAUUACUUACAACAUUGCUGCUCGGCCCGGCUAUCCGAAUCUGUCCGCUGCCGAAGUCGAGACACGUUUUCAUGUCCGCGACUUCGUGUUUUAUCUCCAGAAGUUUCUCGGUGACGAGAACAUCAUCGUUGAGGGUCCUAUCACCUCUGCAACUCGCUUUGGUGCAUUCAAGAGAGUUGCUCUCCAGCUGCCGCUCAUUCUCCAAGGCUCAAUAUCGAACAAGGGCAUUAAGCGUGGCAGUGCAGCCAAGUUCAGCACUUUCCUUGUGCGUGUGAAGCCCAGGGACUGGACAGAGGGUCCUUUGAGCGGUCUCCAGGCAGCUCAGGUGAAGCUUAUAUUCCGUCUUCCCCCAAGCAUUUCAAAAUACGAGCAUCCGCUGGUUUAUGUCCACUGGUUCACUCAAUUCCGUAACCCUCUAAACGACUUUGACACAGCAUCGGGCCUUUCUCGCAUCUCCCACUCUACCACCGUUGGUCAACGUCGCGCAUCCAUCAUCUCUCUGGCAGACGUUGUUCAGACAUGCCAUUUAUUCCCGCGGUUCUCCAAUGCUACCAAUCCAGACUGGAACUCAUCCGACAUUCUGAAUCAAGCCACUGUCUUUUAUCUCAAUCCUUACUUGCGGCACCGUGACUUUUUCUUCUUUCGCUACAGCAUGUACCUUAUAUCUGAGUAUCACAAGCGCAAGGAUGCAGAGCUUGCUGCUACGCUUGCACGGGGGGCCAACCGAAUCAAUUAUUAA